AAUGUCCAUUUGUAAUUGACCUCCGAUUUAUUGGCCAUUGAAUAAUUUACGGAUAAAAAAGGAUAUGGACUGCAAGGCGUCCUUCCAGUUCGGAAGUACUCUGUAUAACAUCUCCGUCGUUGUGCAGACAUGCCGCGGAAUGUGACGUAGGACAAAGAACAGACGGAAUGAACGAACCGAGAAAAUGACUGGCUGACAAUUCGUAAUUCAUUGAAUGAGCGGUGGUGAAGAGGAUGGACACGCGCGAAUCCAGGGAUUCUGUACAACUGACGGAUAAAGUCCGAACUCCCAACUCUCAUGUGGACUGCAAGCACUAGAGGGAUUCUCCGCACUCGUGAAUUUGGAAAAUAAAAGCUCCGUGAGAGUGGCUCAAUUUUUUCCCCGUCGAACGUGGAGACCUUUCUGUAAUCCUGAAGGUCGGAGUCGAUGGCGAAGCGGAGAACGGAUGCCAAAAGACGAUCAAACGACGAGGAUGAGAAUUUACACUUGGACGAUUUUAAAAACGCAGAGAUUCAUAGUAAAAGAUCAUGUCAGACUCUUAGCGGAGGAGUGCUUGACAGAGGCUGAUAAGGAAAAAGUAGCACUUCAGUUAAAUGAUUCGGUCAUCGAGGAGUCUGGGGAAGAGCUCGGUGAACAGCCAUUGACAAAAAAACCCAAGUUUGAUGACAAGAAAGACAAGCUUCGAGGGCAAAACAAGGCUCGUGCACCUCCAUAUAAACCUCCAAGAGAUGCGAACAUCUGCCCUUGGCUUGUGGACCAGGCAGUCGGAGAGCCUGAAAGAAAAUGUGACAAACGUUGCCAGUUUAUGCAUGACCGAGCAGAAUAUUUGAAAAUAAAACCUCCGGAUAUAGCAGAGAAAUGUUUUUUCUUUGAGAGAAACGGUCGGUGCCCUAGAGGUGUUGCUUGCAGAAUGGGUGGCAUGCAUUUGACUGAAAGUGGAUUGAACAUCGUCGAUGAAGAAAAGUUUGAAGAGUACAAAAAAAAACCACCAGCUACAAAAAACCAACUGCCAAAAGAUUUGCAGAACAAAAUUAGAAAACAUGCGUACAAUUUUUCUAGAGCUGAGAAGAUUGUCAAGGCCAAUGAUGCAGCUAGGAAAAACAGAGCUGCUAAUGUCGAAGAUAAAAUAAAGAAUGUAACGCUGACUGCAGAUGAAAAUAUUAGAGCUGAAACCAAUGGCAACCUUUCUCAUACAGGAUUAGAUGAUGACUCAAAAGUUCCUCUGAUAGAUAACUCAACAAAAUUCUUUAAAGAUUCAUCACUCACUAAAGAAGAACCCAAACUUGGGCCGGUCUCAGAUUAUGAUACAAUCAAGGAGUUGCCAUCUGAAAAGCGACAAAUCAAUUGGAAAGACAAAAUCUUGUUGAGCCCGUUGACUACCGUCGGCAAUCUUCCGUUUCGUAGAAUCUGUAAGGAAUAUGGAGCAGAUUUUACUUGCGGAGAAAUGGCUCUAGCUCCAAAGUUAUUGAAAGGUGCCAACGAAGAAUGGGCCUUAGUAAAGCGUCAUGAAUCUGAGGACGUAUUUGGUGUCCAAAUAUGCGGCAAUAAUCCUGGAGUUCUUGCAAGAUGUGCGCAAAUGUUGGAAGACGAAAUAGAAGUAGAUUUCAUCGAUCUCAAUCUGGGAUGUCCAAUCGAUCUUAUCUACAGGCAAGGAGGUGGCAGCGGAAUGCUCAAUAAAUCAAACGUCUUGGAAAUCACAAUCAAAUCCAUCAGUCAGGUGCUAUCGAUUCCCCUGACUGUCAAAACUAGAAUGGGAGUUUAUAUGGAUAAACCAGUUGCUCAUAAUUUAACUCCAAAGUUUCGUGACUGGGGAGCUUCUAUGAUUACGGUCCACGGCAGGUCUCGAGAGCAGAGGUAUACAAGGAUGGCAGACUGGCAAUAUAUUGAGAAGUGUGCUGCUGCAGCAAAGCCGAUUCCUAUUUACGGAAAUGGAGAUAUAUUAUCAUUUGAAGAUUACCAGACAGCGAGAGAAACUUGCCCUUCUAUACAGGGUGUUACUAUAGGACGUGGUGCUUUAAUUAAGCCAUGGAUAUUCAACGAAAUCAAAGAACAAAAAAUUUUAGAUAUUUCCAGUAGCGAAAGAUUCGAGAUCAUUAAAAAAUAUGUGAAUUAUGGACUCGAACAUUGGGGUUCUGACACUCGUGGCGUGGAGACGACAAGACGAUUCACGCUUGAAUGGAUGUCGUUUUUGCACAGGUAUAUUCCGGUGGGUAUUCUGGAACGACCGCCUCAAAAGAUAAACGAAAGGCCGCCGUACUUCCGAGGUAGAGAUGACAUGGAAACGCUAUUGGCCAGUUCAAAUUGUGCGGAUUGGAUAAAAAUAUCGGAAAUGCUACUCGGCAGAGUUCCGGAAGGAUUCCAUUUCUUACCGAAACACAAAGCGAACUCAUGGAAAUAAAAAUCCCCCACACUUUGCUUACUAUUUGUACAAAAAAAGAGCAGACCGUUACAAGUAGAAAUAAUAUCUUAUAGAAA